AAUACACUUGCCACUUGCCACUGACUACGAUUAUACGACACGACAACGACCGUCAUCAUUGGCUUUGGCGUAUUAGUAUUUUGUACGUUGUUAGUCGUUCGUUAUUCGUCCUAAAGAAGCUAAAUAAAGCACCCUCUUGGCAGGCAGAGAAGUUUUGUUAUUCGCGUGACUUCGUCGAGAAUAGUUGUAGACACUGACACGGAGACUACACUCGGGAGAGAGUCUUAAUCGAGCCGCGAACACCAGCGGUUGUAUGUUUAUAUUAUUUUUUGGAUUUUCAUAAUUUUUUUUUUAAUUUAAAUUUUAUUUAAACAAUUUUUUGAAAUUCAAAAAAUAUACUCAAUUUGACUCCUAGUGAGAGAGUCAACACCACCCAAAAGGAUAAAAUUUAAGGUGUCCUAGUUUCAUAUACGACAUUCCGCCGCAAAACAUAUCAAAACUGCCAUUUUCACGGAGCGAUAUUUUGCAAUCCGUUUAAAAAACAAAUAAACGAUUUUUUUCUUCAUUUUCAAAAAAUUCUAAUCAGUGAUAAAAAAAAGCUUUCAAAGUGUGAUAACAAAAAAUUUUAUUUAAAAGUAUCUUUUGCGUUUGUUCAGAUAUCAGAAUCGCGUAUUUAUCUAUAUCACCACGACAGAUAACAGUUUUUAUUUUUUUUUUCAUAACUCUUUUGCGUCAAGAUAUCAUUCGACUGAGUUCUAAGUUGUUCCAUUGAACCCAUUUUUUUGUUUUGUUCAAAAAAGAAAAUUAAAAAAUUUAUAUUUAUUGUGAACUGUGUUCAGUCAAAAGAUACAAAGAUUCAGAUUCGUGCUUAGAUUGGUUUUGGAAAUAAUAAAUCUUUCAAACAAAGAGAGGGACACUGGUUGAACUUCUUAAAUUAAAGGUCACUACUGACUACCAAGAAAAACCAUUAACAAAAACAAAAAAGAAAGAACAAAACUGCAAUUACUCAAAAAAAAAACAUAAAACAGCUAACAACACGUAUUUGUGAUUUCGGACCUUUUAAACUAUAUAUGCAGGUUUAAUUAAGCAACACACAACACGAACUUUUGUGUGUUUUACUUUAAAUAACAAAGGAUUACAAGAUAAAUACCAACAAAUAUAUACAUUUAACGAGACGCAAUUAACUUUAAAGUGAUAAAUAUUUUACAACAUAUCAACUCUAUACACAAAAGAAUAUAAGCAAUCAAAAGAAUACAAAAAAUAAAGGAGCAACAAUGUACGAAAUCGAAGAUAUAAGUAAAACGACUCGUCGAAAGACUCCAGCCACAAUCAUCAACAUCUCCUGCCAAAGUGUGUUCAUAGUUUUAGCCACGUUGCUAGUAUCAACUUCAACAGUUGUGGCAGAUACUACACCUGUACAAACAACAUCACAAGCUGCGAUAUAUCUGUCACAAUUCGGCUAUCUUCCAGCGGCAGCUAGAAAUCCUGCCAAUGGUGGACUAUUAGAUGCCAGCACAUGGACCAAAGCUAUUCAGGAUUUUCAAGGAUUUGCCGGAGUGAAUGUUACCGGUGAAUUGGACGAUGAAACUUUGCAGUAUAUGUCACUGCCAAGAUGUGGUGUAAGGGAUAAAGUUGGUUUCGGCACGGACAAUCGGUCGAAACGUUAUGCCCUUCAAGGUAGUCGUUGGCGUGUGAAAGGAUUGACUUAUAAAAUCUCCAAAUAUCCCAAGAGACUGAAGAAGGCUGAUGUUGAUGCUGAAGUUUCAAGAGCUUUUAAUGUGUGGAGUGAUUAUACUGAUCUAAGCUUUACAGCCAAAAAGACUGGACCAGUUCAUAUUGAAAUUAAAUUUGAAGAAAGUGAACACGGUGAUGGAGAUCCAUUUGAUGGCCCCGGUGGUACCUUGGCUCAUGCCUAUUUCCCUGUUUAUGGAGGUGAUGCUCAUUUUGAUGAUGCUGAGUAUUGGACAAUUGGUAGUCCUCGCGGUACAAAUCUGUUCCAAGUAGCAGCUCAUGAGUUUGGUCAUUCUCUUGGACUUAGUCAUUCUGAUGUACGAUCAGCUUUGAUGGCUCCAUUCUAUCGUGGUUUUGAUCCUGUUUUCAAAUUGGAUUCAGAUGAUGUGUUGGCUAUUCAAGCACUUUAUGGAAAGAAAACAAGUCAAGGAGGUGGUAGCGGCGGCGGAAAUAUACCAAAAACCACAUCGAAACCAGCUGUUAUACCAACGAGACCGCAUGAUGAUUCAAUUUUGUGUAAAGAUCCAAAGAUCGAUGCACUAUUCAAUUCACACGAUGGACUUACGUAUGCCCUUAAAGGCCAAAUGUAUUAUAAACUUACAGAAAAUUCAGUGGCUGAUGGAUAUCCCAAAUAUAUAUCAGAAGGAUGGCCAGGUCUUCCAGGUGACAUCGAUGCAGCAUUUACAUAUAAAAAUGGCAAAACAUACUUUUUCAAAGGCACCAAAUACUGGAGGUAUUCGGGGCGACAAGUUGAUGGUGAAUACCCGAAAGAAAUUAGUGAAGGCUUCACUGGUAUACCAGAUCAUUUGGAUGCUGCUAUGGUUUGGGGUGGUAAUGGAAAAAUCUACUUCUACAAAGGAAGUAAAUUCUGGCGAUUUGAUCCAUUGAAGCGGCCGCCAGUUAAGGCGACAUAUCCAAAACCAAUAUCGAAUUGGGAAGGCUUGCCAAAUAACCUUGAUGCUGCGCUACAGUAUACAAAUGGUUACACAUACUUCUUUAAGGGUGAUAAAUAUUAUCGGUUUAACGAUAGAACAUUUUCGGUUGAUGCUGCAGAUCCACCGUUCCCCCGACCAUCAGCGCAUUGGUGGUUCGGAUGUAAAAACGUUCCAUCAUCGUUUAACUCAUUAGGUAAUUUAAUCGGAAAUUCCGAGGAGACUGUUGUUGAUCAAAAUGAUUCAAGUAGCUAUGAUAAUGACGGUUUGAAUUUCGAUGCAGGCACGGAUGACCAUCAAGCACAUGAUGAAAUCCCAGGCAGAAGCUCUGGCAUCAGUAUAUCGGCGACAUCGACAAGCAUUAUAUACACCCUGAUAUCGACAGCGUUAUUAGUUGCAUUCAAACAAAUUAUUGUCAGCUAAGAGCGGACUAUAUUGUUGAUUUAUAAUCGUUUAAACGAAGAGAGCAAUUUGUAUUUAAUUUAAUUUAAAUUAAUUUUUUUUUUUUUAAUUUUAUUUUUAUUUCGCUUAUCAUAUUGUUAUCGCACAAAGUCACAAUUUAUUUUAAUUUGACACACAUUUUUGUCCUUAAUUUAUAUUCUUUUUU